AAAGCACUGUUGUUAUUUACUAUUAGUUAUCGCAACUUCUAGAUAAGGAUUAGUUUUCGUAUUUCUUGAACUAAAUCUACUCAGGUUCAUCGACGUGUUAUGUCACAGUCAUAGAAAUGCUGUGAGGUCUAGCAUAACUGAAUUGUCAAUAUACACAAAAUUAUUAAAAAAAAUAUAGAUAAGCAUGAAAGACGACAUAAUAUAUAUAGUGCUGUUAGGUUUAUGCAUUGGGUUUGGACAGUUUUAUCGGAAAAUUAAAGAUUCUGAGCAAAAGAAAUGGAUUGGUACCGCAGUCGGAUUACUGAUAGUGCUUACAGCAUCAGGAUUUCAUACACUACAUAUGCUGUUCUGUUAUCUGGUGUGCAGUCUCAUCAUAAUCUAUUUUAAUCGAAAAUCAUGUCAUCUAGCGAGUUUCGCAUUUAUGUUUGGAUAUUUGUUCUUUUUUCGAUCGGUAACAUAUUUCGGAUAUCGAGCACCACCAGGUCAUACAAAUAUGAUUCAGAUGAUUCUUACGUUGAAAUUAGUAGGUUUGGCGUUUGAAGUAAAUGCUGCUUAUACAAAGUCGAAGGAGAUAGAAAGUUCCAAGAAGAAAGACGAUUCAUCAGUAGAUGCUCUAAGUGAAAAUGAGCAUGCUCUGCUAAAACUGAAUAUGCUGGACAUUUUCAAUUAUUCUUUCAAUUAUAUUGGAGUGCUGACAGGGCCUUAUUUCACUUACAAGACAUAUCGCGACGCUAUAUAUCUCCCCUUUAGCACCAAAGCUGAUUGUAUCGGUGCCACAGUAGACAAAUUAAAAGUUAUUCCGGUCUACGCCGGCUUAUUUUUGUUAAUCGCGUACAUUUGGCCGCUGGAUUAUGCAAUGUCUAGUGAAUUCUACGAGGAGCGUUCGUUCAUCUACCGAUUACUGUAUGUGUGGCCUACAUUCUUCAUUUUCCGUAUGCGUAUUUACACGGGCAUUCUGUUAAGUGAAUGUGUAUGCACUAUGGCUGGAUUAGGCGCCUAUCCGAAGGUCUGCGAGAACAAGAGUGGUCAUGGCCCUAGUAAAGAUUGCUUAAGCAUGAUAAGUGACUCAAAUGCCAUCGAUUGUGAUUUUGAAACAGUACGCAAUAUCGACGUAGUCAAUACGGAAAAGUGUUGGACAUUCCGGGAAGCUAUGAAAUACUGGAAUAUGUGCGUUCAGUACUGGAUGGCGAUGUACGUGUACAAGCGUUUUCCAAGUAAAAAGUAUCGCACUUUAGCUACACUGGCAGUUUCCGCAAUAUGGCAUGGAGUAUACGCUGGCUACUAUUUCUGCAUUUGCGCAGCGCCAUUCUAUUUACCUGUUGAAGAUCUUUUCGUAAAGUUAUUCAUAAAGGAAGCCACCGGAAUCAAGCUUAAAGUAAUGAAUGUGAUUUGCUGGAUUUCAAAAUUUUUCGCUUUUUCCUAUAUGGGGAUCGCAUUUCUACUUCUGACUAUCGACAAAAUAUGGUUUUACUAUGGAUCGGUGUACCACUUCGCCUACAUCAUGUGGGCAACUUUGUAUGUAGUGGGUGUUUUGAUUGCUAAAACCAGGAAAUCUAAAUCAAAACGAAUGGAGAAAGUGGAGCAAGGCGACGCAAAGUAAAUGGUUGAAGAUGCUUGUUUUAAGAAUUAUAUACUCUAAAAUCAUCCAAAGUCAUUUUGUGUUAUGAAACAUAUGUAAUUACCAUAUUGAUUGGAUUUAGUGAUUUUUUUAAGUAAGCUGCUACAAUCAUUACCAAAUUAAAUUGAACGGGUGAAAUUAUGCUUCAAACGUUGUAUGGAGGUACUUAUGAUGAUGGCCAUCCAAAGCUGAGAUUUUGACAAUUAUAUUUUUUUAAAAACACUAUUUUGAAGAGCAGUACACUGGUGCGCAAACUAACAAAAUUCGCCAACACAGCAUAAAGCACUUAAUUGCAAUAAUAAUAUGAUAUAAAUUAGAUUUAAUGUAGAAAAAAAAUUUAUAUUUGAGUUGAUGCUGUAUCUGCAUAAUAAUCAUAAAAUCUAUGAUGUAAUGUGUUAUUUUAUUUUUCUCUCUAUAUUGGUAAUAUGAGCAAUAAAUGAAUUUUGUUUGAUGA